CGGCGGCCGCCUCAGACGCGCGGGAACAUGGCGGCGGCGGAGCCCUCGGCCGCGGCGCUGCCGGGCGGCGUGGGCGCGGGCUCGGGGGCGCCGUCGGGCGCGGUGCCGGUGCUCUUCUGCUUCUCCGUGUUCGCGCGGCCCUCGUCGGUGCCGCACGGCGCGGGCUACGAGCUGCUCAUCCAGAAGUUCCUCAGCCUGUACGGCGACCAGAUCGACCGGCACCGCAAAUUCGUCGUGCAGCUCUUCGCCGAGGAGUGGGGCCAGUACGUGGACCUGCCCAAGGGCUUCGCGGUGAGCGAGCGCUGCAAGGUGCGCCUGGUGCCGCUGCAGAUCCAGCUCACUACCCUGGGAAAUCUUACACCAUCAAGCACUGUGUUUUUCUGCUGUGAUAUGCAGGAGAGGUUCAGACCAGCGAUCAAAUACUUUGGGGAUAUUAUAAGUGUGGGGCAGAGACUGUUGCAAGGGGCCCGCAUUUUAGGAAUUCCAGUUAUCGUAACAGAACAGUACCCUAAAGGUCUUGGAAGCACUGUUCAAGAAAUUGAUUUAACAGGUGUAAAACUGGUACUUCCAAAGAGCAAGUUUUCUAUGGUAUUACCAGAAGUAGAAGCAGCAUUGGCAGAGAUUCCUGGAGUCAGGAGUGUUGUGUUAUUUGGAGUAGAAACUCAUGUAUGCAUCCAGCAAACUGCACUGGAGCUGGUUGGUCGAGGAAUUGAGGUUCAUAUUGUUGCUGAUGCCACCUCAUCAAGAAGCAUGAUGGACAGGAUGUUUGCUCUUGAGCGCCUCGCUCGAACUGGGAUCAUAGUUACCACGAGCGAAGCUGUUCUGCUACAGCUGGUGGCUGACAAAGACCAUCCAAAAUUCAAGGAAAUUCAGAAUCUAAUCAAGGCGAGUGCUCCAGAGUCAGGUCUGCUCUCCAAAGUAUAGGACACAUGAAAGGCUGGUGUCCUACCUACCAUCAGAGUGACAGAACUGUAUGCCCACACAAAUUCUUAUCUCUACUAGAAUAAAAAUGUCAAGUCAAAAAUGGCUCCUUUUUUUACAGCUCUUAGUAACACUUAAUGAGCUAGAUCAUUUGGGUACCAGCAUUUAGUUACUAAUGUCCAAGGCUUCAGGUGCUGCUUACUUCUGUUUUCCUGAUGUGUUCUUAUUUAUUAAAAAUUAAAACAGUGGAGGUGCCUGUUUUGUCUGUAUGGUACACACUGAGCAGAAGGGGUCCUAAACUGUGUGCCCCGAUAAUGGUUUGCUGUUUUGUUAUGUAAGAUGUGUUAUUUUAAUGGAUUCAGUGCUUUACAGGUUGAUGCAGUAGGAUUAUUAUGGGUGAAUUUAAACAGAGGACUGCACUUACGUUAUCUACUUGUCUUAUAGUGUUGUUGACUUUACUUAUUGAGUGAGUUUUAUUGAUCUAACCUGACCAAAUUAUGUGGAAUAAUUAUGUGUCCUUCUAGUUUGAGCUGAUUUUCUUACGCUGGUCCACUAAUUCUCAGUUAAUGUUUUCUUUUUUUAGCCGAAUCUCUUCCCUAGAGAGACUCAUUGAAUCCUUGCUUAUUUUAACUUUGUAAACAGACAGAAUGAUUUGCAGUGCCACAUAAUUGGUAGAGGGUCAUUUUAACAUCAUUAAAAUAGGACGUUAGCUGAAUAUCUUUACAGCCAUUGUGAGUACAUUUCUAGUAUGCACAGAUUUAGCAAAAAAGGUAAAACCUAAAUAAAAUAUAGUUUUAAAAUGUUAAUAUUGUUUCAUAUUUUGUUCACCUAAUGUCAAAAUAUUAUAAAGCAAAAGGCAUCUGUAAUGAUUUAGUAGUACUAACAUUGUGAUUAUUAUUAUUACCUUUCAAUAAAUUUAUUUUCAUUAAAUACUUGGGAUGUUUUGAAACUACGUUUCUUUUUAAUAGUCUGUGAAAUGUGGAAACAUUGUCUUUUCUAUUAAAGUAAUUAAAAAGCUG